AUGUACCUUUGUUGUAAUGACACCCUCUUGACGUCAUUCGCCCUGGACACCCUGCUCAGCAAACUGGUCGCCGAGGUAUGCGAGAAGCGGCCGGUUAGCUCUCGCCAAGUGCUUGAGCUGAUGCGGGAGGCCCUCGAGACGCAGAAGAUGCAGCAGUGGUACUACUCCGAGACAGUUCGCUCCUUCAACGACGCCGUCAACUCGCUCAGCCGCCGCGGCUUCCCGCUUCAGAUGGCGUGUCCUCUGUACUUUCGAAUCCCACAAGAAGACGGCGGUGUGCACGAGUUGUUCCGCUACGGCUCAGAGAUUGCGGUAACACCGAACAACUACAACCAUUUCGAGCUCAUGCUGAAGCGCUACCAAUCUGUCGUGAAUGGCGAGCUGUCGCAGGAGGGCUACUACGACGCUGUGCGCCACCUGCUCCCCAUCAGCGCCCACUGCAAUUUACUGAACUCUAGCUACACACCCAUCAUCAAUUUCCUGCAAGAGUGUCUGUUGAACCCGCGCUCGCAGUGGGCCAUCCAAUCGUCCUCGGUGUGGGAUCAGCUGGGGGUCACGUACGCCGUGCCAUUUGCCGGGCGACUCUUCGCAAUCGACCCGACCAAACCCAUAACAGCUCUCGUGCCUUUCGAGGACGCCAACCGCUAUGUGGAGAUGGCCAGUGAGCGCUGCAGAACACUCAACAGUCUUCUCACCACUGGUGCGUCGCUUAAUGUGGUGCGUAGGGCAGCAGCUGCCGCCACGUCGCCGCCCUCGGCGUCACCUGGGCGCGCAGCGGUCAAGUCGGCGCCGUCCGCCAUCACCGUGGCCAGCAGCGCUUCCACAAGUGAGGAAGCGAGGCAGUGGGAAGCGUUUGAGGCCAUCGGCCUGCGCUCCGAGGUGUUCGGCGACAUGUCGCCAGCGGAGAUCGAAUUUUGGCGGUACAUUCUUCGACUGCGGCAGUCGCUCUCGCAGAUCCACGACAUCUCUUUUCACUUAGAAUUUGGACCGCACCACAUGGACCUCAAAGAGAACGGCCGCUUUAUCCCUGUGACGCGGCUGAACCUGAAUCAGUUCAUCGAGGCGGUGGUGGCGAAGCAAGACGAGGUGCACAGGUACAUCAAUGAGGUUGCCCUUGGAACGCCGACGCACAGCAUCGCGUCCAGGGACGCGGGAGGGGGAGGGGAGGGGUCCGCGGGCCCCCCUCCACCCCCAGUGGCAACCUCCAACACAGCGGCCACACAGCCGAUGCCGACACCGCGACACGAUAUCAAAACUCCAGCGCAGCCGCCACCACGCGCCGUCGGAUCUGAGGCGGCCUCUGCAUUCGGCCACCCACAAAGCGAAGCGCACCGUGGCAACGAGGCGCACCUCACAUUGCGCGACGUAGACUCAACGGUGGUGCGUUCUAUCAUGGAGCUGCGCUCGCAGUAUCAGCUCGGCCGGCUGACGAAGACAGAGUUGAAUGCGCGGCAGCUGCGUUUUUGCCUGCCCUGCCACGAUGGUGUCUACAACCUUAUACCAAAUGGUCGGCACAUCCAAGUGGCAACAGGCAACAUUGGCAUCUUCCUCCAGUACAUUGAGGACGAAAAAAAACGUGUGGAGGCUUUAUCUGGUGGCAAGGCCGAGGGCGGCGCAGCACGCGCUUGCUCGCACUCUGCCGAAGCGACGACUGGCGGAAUCGGGUCCUUGAACGUCAUGCAACGCGACCGCGAACGUGUCUGGGGCACUGUGGAGGUGGCAGAGGCCGAUGCAGGGUACUGGACAGACAAGAACUUGCUUGACAUCUGGACGUACGAGUGCACAACAGAGUGCUUGUUGAAGUCGAGCAUGUCUCCGGAAGAAAUAGUGCGGCAGACGCAGUUACAGUGGGAUGCCAACUUCCUUAGUAGCAAGGACUGUCCCUACGCUAAUGCGUCAGAGGGCGCGUGUGCCAUCCUGCCCAAGGACGCCAAGACGUAUCUGCGGCUGUUGCGCAGACGGCUACAGUCAAUUCGAUUGGCAAUCUUAGAUGCGGGCAAGUACCCUCAAGAGCCAUCCGAGUGGGAUGGCGCAGAGUGGGAUGUGGUUAAUCCGUCUACGGCGCCAGUGGAGUUCGAGAUUCCGGCAAGCGCUCACGCCGUCCCGUCCACGCCCGAGAAUCUUAACAUGUUCUCACCUACACACAAUACCGGUGGUCUUUUGGCACCGUCGCAGUCACCUAACUUGUAG